AUGUCUGUGAAGCGUCUCAGUCAUCCAGUUCAUGACCAGAAAAACAUCACAGCUGAGUCUGGACAGGACAUCACUCUACCAUGUCAAGCUCCAAACAAUAAAACCAUCAAAGGCGUUGAGUGGAUCCAACCUGAACUGGAGCAAGAACGUGUCCUUUUUCACUGGGAUGAAAAAGUUAUUCCAAGCAACCAGCAUCCAUCUUUUAAGAACCGGGUGGAUCUGCAGGACAGACAGAUGAAGGACGGAGACGUGUCUUUGAUACUGAAGGAUGUGACGGUUAAUGACACUGGAACAUAUGAGUGUCGUGUCCUUGUGAGGGGAGGGAACCGCAGGAAGAGAGCUAAUCUGGGUGGUGAACCCAUCAGCAUCAUCCACCUGAGUGUUGUUGAUCCUCCAGGUCAGACUGGAGGACACACAAAGGAUAGAGGGAAGAUGGUUGGAAGUGUUGCUCUGCAAGUUUUUGUUGUACUUCUUGUUGUUGUUAGCUUUGUGAUUUUACUAGAAUACAAAAAAAGACGAAGGCGCCAAAAGCGACCACGUCGUUCUUGAACAGCAGAUUCAGUAAUGUUAAAACCAUCUAAUCCCAGGAUGUGAAUCUUAUAUUUAUAUGUACACAGAUUCCCCACUAGGGGGAGCCAAUGAGUAAUAAUCAACACAACUGGAAGAUAGCCACAAGAAUGCAAAGGAACAAGAGGCAAAAUGAAGGACUGAAGCCAAAGACAGACACAUGUAAAACUAAAUGAGGAUGUGGAAACAUAAACAUGAUACAGAAACCAAAAAGUAACGACUGUGGCAAGUCUGGUUUGAACACGUAACUUCCAGAACCAGAACUUAGAAUAUAAUGGAAAAAAGGUACAAACUCAAAAAACAGAGUCAGGAACUGUGACAAUUACUGCCAUAGUUGUUUCCUAUUCUUCUCAACAAUUU